GUGAUGGAAUUUUGGACGGACGCGCCUCAUCGUCCAAUGGGAUUCAAACUACCUCUCCCAUUGUCCAAUGGAUACAAAACCACUUUCUCUCGCUGCAGUCAGGAGUACUUCCUUUUGAACCCCACAGAAACAGACCCAGCGUUUCAGUCGGUCCCUUUCCCCCUACUUAAACAGAAGAAAAGAAAAGGGUUGUGAUCACACAAACGAGGGGGAGUAGGGCCAGUCGCCGGCGUGUUCCGCAAGCCCCAACUAAUUCCAUCACUACAAAAAACUCUACUUCCCCUGCUACUGCUGUCUUCUCCGAACCGAAGCCACUUCCUUCGACAAACUCCAGAACCCAGUUCAGUAAGUGUUCAGUAAGGUGGGAAAGAGAAGCCAAGAAGAAGAAAGCAAUAACAAUGGAUCCAAUUGAAGUGAAUUCCAGUGGAACCAACGAACUUUACACUGAUCCACUCCCUUUCGCUAGAAGUUACCAAAUGGAAGCACUUGAGAAAGCUAUCAAGCAGAACACAAUUGUGUUCCUGGAAACAGGAUCCGGAAAGACUUUGAUUGCGAUAAUGCUGCUGCGCAGCUAUGCGUACUUUCUGAGGAAGCCUUCACCUUAUAUCGCAGUUUUCUUGGUCCCCACUGUUGUUUUAGUCACUCAACAAGCGGAAGCUGUGGAAAUGCACACUGACUUGAAAGUGGGCAAGUACUGGGGAGAGAUGGGUGUGGAUUACUGGGAUGCAGCCACCUGGAAACAACAAAAGGAGGAAUAUGAGGUACUUGUAAUGACACCCAUGAUCUUGCUCGAUGCUUUGAGGCAUAGCUUCUUGAGAUUAGACAUGAUAAAGGUUUUAAUAUUUGAUGAAUGCCAUAAUGCAAGAGGCAGAUAUCCCUAUGCUUGUAUAAUGACGGAGUUCUAUCACCCUCUGUUACAGUCAAACAAUUCCCAGCUUCCUAGGAUAUUUGGAAUGACUGCUUCACCUAUAAAGGCUAAAGGUUCAAGCAUUGCAUCAACCUACUGGCAACAGAUUUCUGAUCUGGAGAAUCUUAUGAAUUCAAAGGUGUAUACCGUUGAAAGUGAAUCCGUGUUAGCAAAGUUCAUUCCAUUUUCGACGACAAAGCUGAAGAUUUACGAACAUGUGGAUAUCCCUAAUGCAAUUUUGAAUAGUGUGAGGAAUGGUUUAGUACAUUUGAGACGAAAGCACGAGACCGCUCUUGAAGCAUUGAAUCUCAACGAGUCUGCAGCAGAGUCUACAAGGAAAAAGAUAUCUAAGCUAUUUUUAACCUUUUUGUUUUGCUUGGAAGAACUCGGUGUUUGGUUGGCUUUCAAGGCAGCAGAGUCAUUGUCAUGUGAAGAAAUCGAGUUAUUCACAUGGGGGAAUUUGGAUAUAAGUGGUGAGACAAUUGUAAGGGAUUUCAUUUCGGAUGCAUUGAAGGUUUUCUCCAAUCAUGUACCAGCUGCUCAAUGGCGGUCUAUUGGUGGUGACAUUUAUGCCAGUAAGGAUGCUGGGUAUCUAUCUUCAAAGGUCAUUUGUCUGAUUGAGGCUCUUCUUCAAUACAGGGAUUUGAAAGAUUUGAGGUGCAUAGUCUUUGUACAGAGGAUAAUCACAGCUGUAGUUCUUAAAAAAUUAUUGAGUGAAUUGCUUCCAAAAAUGGUAGGGUGGAAGACAGAAUAUACUGCCGGAAAUAACUUUGGUUUCCAGUCACAGAGUAGAAAAGAACAAAACAGAAUUGUUGAAGAAUUCCGCGAGGGCAUUGUAAACAUCAUUGUAGCAACCUCGAUUCUAGAGGAGGGAUUGGACGUUCAAAGAUGCAAUCUCGUUAUUAGAUUCGAUCCUUCGUCUACUGUUUGUAGUUUUAUUCAGUCCCGAGGUCGAGCACGUAUGCAGAACUCAGAGUUUUUGAUAAUGGUGAGGAGUGGGGAUACUUCUAUGCUUAAUAAAGUGAGAGACUAUAUUGCAAGUGGAGAAAUCAUGAGGGCGGAAUCACUACGCCAUGCAUCACUUCCUUGUGCACCUCUUGACAACAAAUUGUUUGAUGAGGUUUUUUAUCGUGUUGAAAGCACAGGGGCGAUCGUAACUCUAAGUUCUAGCGUGUCUUUGAUAUAUUUCUAUUGCUCACGACUACCUGGUGACGGGUAUUUUAAACCUUCACCACGGUUUGAAAUCAAUGAGGAGUUAAAAAUUUGUAAAUUGAAUUUUCCCAAAAGUUGUCCAAUACAAACUGUUAGUGUUGAAGGUAAAAUCAAAAUGCUGAAGCAACUAGCAUGCUUGGAGGCAUGCAAGCAGCUUCAUCAGAUUGGUGCAUUAACUGAUAACCUUGUGCCGGAUGUUGUCGUGGAAGAAGCUGAAGCACAAGAAUUGGGAUAUGAACCUUAUGUUGAUGAGCAAGUGUGCUACGUCCCACCUGAAUUGGUUAGUCAAUGGGCAAAUGAUUCUGCGAAGUCAUAUCAUUGCUACUUGAUUGAGCUAAAUCGCGAUUUUGAGUAUGAUGUACCCCUUCAUCAUAUUUUGCUUGCUGUAAGGACUAAACUUGAAUGUGAUGACGGGAGCAUGGCUUUUGGAUUAGAAGUCGAUAGGGGCAAGUUGACAGUGCGAAUGAAAUAUAUUGGAGAGCUUAAUCUCACAUCAGAGCAGGUGCUCUUGUGUCAGAGGUUUCAAGUCACUCUUUUCAGAAUUCUUCUUGAUCAUAAUUUGAAGAAGUUGAGGGAGGUUCUGAAUGGUUUUCCUUCGAGGAAUGAUGUUGCAGUGUUUGACUACCUCUUACUUCCAUGUACUAGCUCAUACGCAAAUCCAUCAACUAUAAUUAUUGAUUGGAAAUGUGUUAGUUCUGUGCUGUUCCCAUGUGAAAAUUGCUGGCACAAUCAUACCCAUUGUUCUGCUCGUCAAGUCCAUACUAAAAAUGGGUUGGUAUGCAGCUGCACGUUGGAGGACUGUUUGGUAUACACGCCUCAUAAUGGGCAUAUUUACUCCAUCUUUGGUACUUUAGAUGAUUUGGAUGGGAACUCACUUCUCAAUCUAAAGAAUGAAGUUAUUACUUACAAGCAGUACUUUAAAUCACGGCAUGGCAUUGACCUGCGUUUUGGAAGAGAAUCACUGCUCAAGGGGAAAAAUAUUUUCCCUGUAUUAAAUUGUCUCCAGAGGUGUAGACAGCAUAAGGAAAGAGAGGCAAGCAAUACAUUCGUCGAGCUGCCCCCUGAACUUUGCUUCAUCAUCAUGUCUCCACUCUCCAUUUCCACCUUAUAUUCUUUCUCAUUUGUCCCAUCUAUCCUGCAUCGCAUCGAGUGUUUGCUCAUUGCUGUGAACUUGAGAAAGAUGCAUCUGGAUCAGUGCAUGCAAAAUGUUGUUAUUCCAACCAUCAAGGUUUUAGAAGCAAUAACAACAAAAAAAUGCCAAGAGAUAUUCCACUUGGAAUCACUGGAGACCUUGGGGGACUCAUUUCUUAAAUAUGCUGCCAGUCAACAACUAUUUAAAACCUAUCAAAAUCAUCAUGAGGGUCUUCUCAGUGUUAGAAAAGAUAAAAUAAUUUCUAAUGCUGCGCUAUGCAAGCUCGGAUGUGACCGCAAACUUCCGGGUUUCAUUCGUAAUGAACCUUUUGAUCCUAAAACUUGGAUAAUUCCUGGUGAUCAAUCUAGAGACUAUGCAUUGGAGGAAGAGUUCCUUCCUACUUCGAGGAAGAUCUAUAAUCGAGGAAGCACGAAGAUAAAAAGUAAGACUGUAGCUGAUGUAGUUGAGGCACUAAUUGGUGCAUUCCUUAGCACAGGUGGUCAAGCAGCAGCAUUAGCAUUCAUUGAUUGGCUCGGUAUAAAAGUAGAUUUUGUCAAUGUACUAUAUGAGAGGCAAUUUCCAGUUCAACCUGAGAAGCUAGUUAACAUAAAGUUUUUUGAAUCCCUACUGAACUAUUCAUUCCGUGAUGCUUCUCUGUUGGUUGAAGCGCUAACUCAUGGUUCUUACAUGCUUCCUGAGAUUCCUGGAUGUUAUCAGCGGCUGGAGUUCCUUGGAGAUGCAGUGUUGGACUAUGUUAUAACCACACACCUGUAUCGCAAAUAUCCUGGAAUGUCACCCGGGUUAUUAACAGAUUUAAGGUCUGCUUCUGUUAACAAUGAUUGUUACGCUCGAUCUGCCAUGAAAGCUGGUCUGCACAAACACAUUCUCCAUGCUUCACAUGAUCUUCACAAGCAUAUAGUUACCACUGUUGAAAAUUUUGAGCAACUAUCCAUGGCAACAACUUUUGGAUGGGAAUCUGAGACAACUUUCCCUAAGGUACUUGGAGAUAUCAUUGAAUCUCUUGCUGGGGCUAUUCUUGUUGAUUCUGGGUACAACGAGUGCAUUGUCUUCCAAAGCAUUAGGCCUCUACUUGAGCCCUUGAUUACACCGGAAACAGUGAGGCUUCAUCCGGUCAGAGAGCUUCAUGAAUUAUGCCAAAAAGAGCAUUAUGACAUGAAAAAGGAUGUUGUCUCUAGUGAUAAGGGCGUGGCUUCACUUACAAUAGAGAUUGAAGCAAAUGGUGUUUCAUACAAGCAUAUGUGCACUGCCUCAGAUAAGAAAACUGCAAAAAAACUAGCUUCAAAAGCUAUUUUGAAGUCCUUGAAAGAACAAAUAAUUUUUGAUGCACAUGCAUAAAAGAAGAUUUUCCGGUAAAAGUUGAGCUCAAUCUUUAGUAGUAUUGCUAACUUGUCGAGGUGUGGUUUUAGUAAUACAUUUUGCAUGGGAUAUGUGCUAUAUUGUAUCCAUUAUGAAAAGUUGGUUGUUUUUGCUAAAUAUUUAACCAACGUAGAUUGUUGGGAUUUGUUGAGGUACGCGCAAGCUACUUGGUUAUCAAAAAGAAGUGUAGGUUGUUGGGGAAGUCCAUUGCAAUAUUUCUUUUGCGUGUAUUGUUAGAAGCCUGUAGAGGGCAUUUUGUAAUAGGAAUGUUGUUGGCAAAUCAUUGAACAGAGCUUUGUUACUCGGCAGUUGCUGGAAGCUAAAAUGAUGGUAGGGAAUUCCAUUUCUCAUGGAAAUGUUGUAAUACAGGAGUGUAUCCCGAAGUGUGGACACUAUUUUAGUUCUUCCAAUGUUUGUGGAUUGUUAUGACAAUCAUUUCUUCUUCUUUU